CUCUCUCUCUCUCUAUCAGCUGAUGCAUGAAAAUGCCACUGCUGGGCAGGAAGUGCUCCACAAAAUAAAAACGAAAGCACUCAGAGGAUUCAAAUCAACAUGCGCUAAUGCUUCGGAUACUCUCGGACGCUGGUUAGGUGACGAGAUCUGCUGUCUGGCAGGUAAAAUAAGGAAGAGGAGAAGAUGACGCAUCAGGGCAGCGGUCAGGCCUGGGGGAAACUGGUUAAAGUUGACGGAUCUCCGGGUUCAGAGUUAUUACUCAUAAAUGGAGAAUGCACUGUGGGGAGAAAAAAAGAUUGUGACCUCUCAUUUCCGGCAAAUAAACUGGUCUCAGGGAAUCAUUGCAAAAUCACUAAAGAUCAGAACUCAGGAAUGGUGUGGCUGGAGGACAUGAGCACCAAUGGGACGGUGAUCAACAUGUCCAAAGUGGUGAAGAAACAGACGCACUUACUGCAAAAUAGUGAUGUCAUUUACUUUGUUUACAGGAAGAAUGAGCCAGAACAAAACAUUGCUUACAUGUAUCAAACCAUCUGGCCGUAUGAAGGUGCCUCACAGGACGUUGAAGAUGCUGGGAUAGAAGAAGAUUCUGAUCUUACAGAAACCGAGAGUGAACCAGCACCAGUAGAGCCUGUUAUUGUGAAGCCUCUACCUCAGUCUGAGCAUGAGGACCCCCAGCCAUCUACCUCCAGCUCGUCCUUCCACUUCUACAACAUGCCCUUAUCUGCCUGCUCUGCAGAUGUGUCUGCAAAGAAGAACCCAGUCAGUUCAUCGGUUGUUCGUAAAGGAGAAUCAGAGAUGACUGCACCAGGAGGCAGCCCCGGGGAGCCGGUCAUUAAUCACACGCGCCUGAAGUGGACCUACUGGACUGAGGGAGGACAACAGACAGAGCCGGAGAUGGAAAUGCAGAGGAAAAGAAGAAAAACUGACAGAGAUGAUCAGAAUGGGUUUGGAUCUACUCUCAGUGAAUCUGCUGUUUCUGCAGCAGCUCCUCAGGUUCCUAUCAGAGGAGCAGCGGGAAAAGAGAAAACCGAGGGAGCCACAACAGACAAGAUGGAAGAAUCCCUCACAUGCAUCGUCUGCCAAGACCUGCUGCAUGACUGUGUCAGUCUUCAGCCCUGCAUGCAUACAUUUUGCGCUGCCUGUUAUUCUGGCUGGAUGGAACGUUCCUCCUUCUGCCCCACCUGCCGAUGUCCUGUGGAGAGAAUCCGUAAAAACCACAUUCUCAACAACCUGGUGGAGGCUUACCUUCUCCAGCACCCAGAGAAGUGUCGGAGUGAAGAUGACCUGCGCAGCAUGGAUGCCCAGAACAAGAUCACGCAGGACAUGCUGCAGCCGAAAGUCGAGCGCUCCUUCUCGGACGAGGAGGGCAGUUCAGACUAUCUGUUUGAACUCUCAGACAAUGACAGUGACAUUUCUGACAUGAGUCAGCCCUACAUGAUGUGUCGGCAGUGUCCGGGCUAUCGGAAGGAGCUCAGCUCUGCCCUGUGGAUCUGUGAGCCUGCUCAAUCUGAAGGACCAGCUAAAGUACCUGGAGACGGGCCCUCUACAUCCUCCGGUACCUCCACAGAUCCUCAGGAGUUCAGGUGUGCUCCUCAGGGCAGUCACCUCAUCUGCACCUGCUGCCUGCAGCCCAUGCCUGACCGACGCUUCGAGUACCUUCCCCCUCAGAUGUCCCCGCAGCACUGUAUGGUGUGCCAGAAACCUUUCUGUCACGUGUACUGGGGCUGCCAGCGGAUCGGUUGUCACGGCUGCCUAGCGCAUUUCAGUGAUCUUAACCUUAAUGACAAAUGUCUGGAUGGAGUUUUUAAUGGCAAUCAAUAUGAGUCUGAAGUCCUUCAGAACUAUUUGACUUCUCGGGGAAUGAGCUGGAGACACAUGUUGCAGGAAGCGCUCCAGGCUGUACAGCAGGGCCUGUACCAUCUCUCUGAUUACAGAAUCACUGCCAACUCUUUCCUGUGCUACUGCUGUGGACUUCGCACUUUUAGAGAGAUCGCAUACAAAUACAGAGAGCGUAUUCCUCCAUCAGAGCUGCCAGAUACUGUGACCACCAGACCAGACUGUUACUGGGGACGCAACUGUCGGACUCAAGUGAAAGCACACCACGCUUUGAAAUUCAACCACGUGUGCGAGCAGACGCGGUUUAAGAACUAAAGCUGGUGGAGUGACGCUUGAUUUGACCGUAGCUUUAUUACCAUUGCUGCGGGCAGGUGUUAUACCUCUUUUUCUCCUCUAGAUGGCAUCUUUACAUAAGCAAAAGUCAAUCAGAUGAUGAUAAACCAAUCAUCCUUGAAGCAUAUGGAAACAUUUGAUCCGGAUCUGCACUGUGUGUAGAGACGGACACUAAUUUUCCAUAAUGGAUUGACGGUCACACUUUCAGUAUGCACACUUCAUUCCACUAUGGAUUCAUGUCACAUCUCUGCUUGUAAUUGUAAAACGAGACUACGUCGGCAAUCACUUUUUCUUUCAAAAAGCUUUUUAGCUUAAACAAUAUAUAAUAUACAAAUUAUAUAACCAGCCUUUGGUGCCUAAGAGUUGACUUUGAGUGUUCUUUGUGCGCUCCUUUGCAUAUGCCACAGUUCUUUCAAAUGUUAUGUUGGACAUCUCAAUGUAUUACUAGUAUUAUUAUGUACUGCUCAAGACAUUUACAUGCUACUGAGAACAUUGAAAAUGUAUGUUAUAAAAAAGGGAUGAUUAUGUUUUAGAGGUGAGGUGACUGAUCAAGUGCACUAAACUGACAUGUUAGGUA